AUGGCACAACAUAGUUCUAUUCGUUACCAAUCAAGUCAAAAGUCAUCAGCAAAUCAUUCUACCGUUUAUUAUCCAAAUCCAUUAACAAUUGAAUUAAACAAAAGACUUGAAGAUAAUAAUUCCUAUGAUACAUGUACAAGAACAUUAUUACAAUAUUUUGCUGACAUUAUUUAUAGAAUUAAUAAUUCAUUGGUAAAUCGUAGUCGACAACGAUCAUCUCGAAUAUUAAAACGAUCAGUAGAAUAA